AUGAGGGAGGCACAAGAGUCAUUGUUGUCUUGUGGUGAUGAUGAAAAGAAGGAUAGGCAGGGUAGAAAUGCGGCAGAGGGGAUAAGAAUUCUCCCUAAGGUUCUCUUUGAGCCCGCACCUCCUAGACCUAAAAUUAUUUCAUCUUCUUCCUCUUUCUCAACUACAGCAAGCACUGUCGAAGAAAAAGACCGAGGAAACCCAAGGGAGUCUGCUACUGCCAACGGGAAUGGAUCUGUAGCAGAAGAAAGGACCGUCUAUGCUUCUGCUGGUACUGGCAGUGAUAGCAUAAUCCCAUUAAAGACAGGACAACGCGCCAUAGGAGAAGGAGCAGACAGCUCAAUGGGGGAACAUGACAACAGACAGGGAGACACAGUAAAGAUUCGUCGCGUGGGAAGAAGGAGUGGCUCCCAGGAGGUGGAGAAGGACGGAUGUAUAAAUGAGGCACAGAAGGAUACUCCGUACCAGACAGAACAGGGACAGAACGAACAAGGGCUACACAGAGCAGGUGCAGAAUUCAGCAAGCAACUAUCAGCCGCCUCCGUUCAAUAUUAUGAUGGCCAAGCUAGGAGGAAGACAGAAGCCACCCAAGGGACUCAGCCUGGCCACGCAACCACACCCGCUUCCUGCAACUUUGUCUGGAAUGGGAACGCUCGCUCAAACUCACGACUUUCACACCUUCUACGCGACGGAGGCCUGUGUACAACGAUGAACGGGAACGAUGCCUUCCAUGUGGACAACUUGGAUUAG